GGCUAACAUGGUAAGAAGUGCAGCCCUCAUUAAACUGAACUGCUAGAGGAGUUUCUAAUUAAGUCAAAAUUAUUUCAGUUGUUUUACACUCAAAGCCACAUAAAACAGUGUGUGUGCAUAUGUGUGUGAACAUGUGCACACGUGCGUGUCUUGUGGUUUUGCAUAUGCUCUUGUAAAGGAAGGGAGGCAAAAAGAAAAAAAAAACAAGGGGAGUGUGAGAAUUGGAAAGAAUCUAGGAAGAGAGAAAGUGAUAGAAGGAGGUCAAGCUAAAGGGAGAGAGAGGAAUUGAAGUUUUCAGAUUCUGUAAGAAAUAGAGAUUUUCUCCUGUUUUGGAACAAUGAUCAAGCAGCAACAGGCUGGCUUGCCACGGUCAGUUAUUCUCAUUUAUCUGGGCUCCUGUCUCCUCUCUGUGAGCUGGACUCAGUUUCCUCGGAUCUGUAUGACUGUGGAAAAUCUAGUAUCCAAAGAGUGCUGUCCACCUUUGGGUGUGGAACCUGCCAAUACAUGUGGUAUACAAGAGGGCCGAGGACAAUGUGCAGAGGUGCUGACAGAUGCCAGGCCCUGGAGUGGUCCCUACGUGCUGCGGAAUCAGGAUGAUCGUGAGCAGUGGCCUAGGAAAUUCUUCAACCGGACAUGCAAGUGUACAGACAACUUUUCUGGCUACAACUGUGGAGAAUGCAAAUUUGGCUGGACAGGUCCCAAAUGCAAUCAAAAGAAGCCGCCAGUUGUUCGGAAGAAUAUCCAUUCUUUGACUCCUCUAGAGAGAGAGCAAUUCUUGGAUGCCUUGGACCUUGCAAAGAACACCUUCCACUCAGACUACGUCAUUACUACUCAGCAUUGGCUGGGCCUGUUGGGGCCUAAUAGAACCCAGCCACAAAUUGCCAACUGUAGUAUUUAUAACUUCUUUGUGUGGUUACAUUAUUACUCUGUCAGAGAUACACUAUUAGGACCAGGGAGACCAUUUAAAGCCAUAGAUUUCUCUCACCAAGGACCUGCAUUCCUUACCUGGCAUAGAUAUCAUUUAUUGUUACUGGAAAGAGAUCUCCAGAAACUCAUUGGCAAUGAGUCCUUUGCAUUACCUUACUGGGACUUUGCCACAGGAAAGAAUGAAUGUGAUGUCUGUACAAAUGAGUUGUUUGGUGCACCAAGACCAGAAGAUUCAACCUUGAUUAGUCAGAAUUCAAGAUUCUCCCGCUGGGAAAUUGUGUGUGGAAGCUUGGAUGACUAUAAUCGCCAAGUCACUCUGUGUAAUGGGACAAAGGAAGGUCUGCUGAGAAGGAAUGAAGUAGGAAGAACUAAGAAGCAGUUGCCCACCAUAGAAGAUGUACAAGCCUGCCUUUCUCUUGAGAUGUUCGACAAUCCUCCUUUUUUCCGGAAUUCUAGCUUCAGUUUUAGGAAUGCCCUGGAAGGAUUUGAUAAAGCAGAUGGAACUUUUGAUCCAACAGCAACAAACUUUCAUAACCUGGUUCAUGCUUUCCUGAAUGGCACUAGUGCUUUGCCCCAUUCUGCUGCAAACGACCCCAUUUUUGUGGUUCUUCAUUCCUUUACUGAUGCCAUUUUUGAUGAAUGGAUGAAACGCUUCAAACCAACUAUCAACUCUUGGCCUCCAGAGCUGGCACCCAUUGGUCACAAUCGGAUGUACAAUAUGGUCCCUUUCUUUCCUCCUGUGACAAAUGAGGAGUUCUUCUUAACUGCAGACCAACUUGGCUAUGAUUAUGCUAUUAGCUUGCCAGCUUCAUCGGCAGUAAAAACGACCCAGGGCGGGACUUUAAUCCUGUUAGUUAUUGGGACAGGCCUGGUGGCUUUAGUGGCCUUUUCUGUGCUAUUAGUUCUCCUUCAGUAUAGAAGACAGAAAAAAGGAUUUUCACCCCUGAUGGAGACCAGAUACAGCAGGAAAUACACAGAAGAAGACUUGCAUUUCAACUAAGCCUCAGAAGAAAGAACCUGGUCAAAUUGUGAGGAAUUAGCUUGGUUAUUGCUUCUGUUCUGACUUUGAUAUUUAAAAGAUUGUUUCCCAGGGAGCUAAUUGAAUUGUUCUUUUUUUCACUGAACAUGUUCUUGGCAUAGGUCUUCUUAAUGUGGCAAUGCUCCAAAACAUAGGAGAUGCUUAGCUUUCCUUUGAAUAAACUCAGCUAGAAUACUUGUGUCACUAAAUUAAGAUAGAGUUCGUGAUUUUUAUCUCAAGACAAUAAUUCCCCAUACAUCUUAAUCUUCACCAUCACCUGAUAGCAGUAAGAUACAACCAAGGAAGAAUAAGUCAUUUAGAAUUUGAAAACCAUAGAAUUUUAGAGAUAGAAGUUAUAUUAAUAAAUUAA